AUUUUUAAACAAUGAUUUUGUGUUUCUUAGGUAAUUGAUUAUUUUACACAUGGAUUCUUUGGAGAAAAAGAACAGUAAGGGAAAAAGGGUGAAUUUAGAGUUAGAAUGUCCACCAUUAUCCAAGAAGAACAAGUCACACAAGGAUGGAUUCUCUGUGCAGACCAAAAGACCUUGUGUAAAAGACUCGGUUGCUGCUUGGAAUAGUCUAAGUAAUCUUGACAAAGUGAGGUUUGACAAGAAAUUUGGUAGAAUAGCUGAUGUGCUGCAAGUAGAGCCGGACUGGGAAAUCAUUAAGGCAAGCCUAAGAUUUUUUGUCCCGCAUCUUCGUUGCUUUGUUUUUCCUGAGUUUGAGUUGGUACCUACCAUUGAAGAAUAUUUUCAGUUAUUGUUCAGUCGCCCAGAAAUGAGUUCAGAAGUUUAUGUCCCAGACCUUGUUAACUUUCAAUUAAAUAAGUUGCAAUUUCAGUCCAUGCUACAAAGGAUUUUGAGCUUAUCUUUAGAGUUCAUAGAAGGUUGCAUUAUGAAGAAAAAUGAAGUUUGCGGAGUUAAUUGGAACAUGAUGUAUUCCAAAUUAAAGUUUGAUCUAAGUUCACUUUCUGAGGAGGACCAGUUAAAUUUUGUUGCCUUAGGGAUAUAUGGAAUGGUUAUUUUGCCCACUAAUAUGGAUAGUAUUAGUUCAUCAGUUGUAGCCAUGUUCGAGCAGUUGAUCAAGAAUCCAAAUCUUAAUGUUGCUCCGGUUUUAAUUGCUGAAACUCUACGCGAUGCUGACUAUAUUCGAGCUCAUGGCAAGGGUAGAUUCACAUGUUUUGCUAGUUUCUUUACAAUAUGGAUACAUGCACAUUUAUCAAAGUCUACUGAUUACUUUUAUCCUCCACGUGGCCAUAACUGGAUUCCGUUAUUGGGCGUUCGAGGAGCUAUUAGCUAUAGUUCAGCAUUAGUGAUGAGGCAAUUUCGUGAUAGGCAAAGUAAACCAUUGCUAGAUGGUAUCACUUCAUAUGGGUUUGAUUAUUCUCUUGAUACUCAAGUAAUUAAUCAAAUUGGCUUUGCCAAGGAAGUAUGGUCACAAUGCGAAGUUCGUUUCUCAAGGAACAAGAUUUCAGUCACUUUUGAGUUUGAAGAAUGGAGGAAAGUUUGGCUUCAAGACAUAGUUAUCCCUUAUGACAUUCCUAUCAUUAAAGAAGCUACCAUUGUUGAUUUGAAGAAAAGAAUAGCAGAGCUAGAAGGUUUGUCGUGUGCUCAAAGGGUCAAGCAUGAAAAAGAAAUUAGAGAGAAAAAUAUGGACAUUUAUUUUCUAGAAGGUGAGAAGCAAAAAUUGAUUAAGGAAAAGAAUUCUAUAACUUUUGCAAAAGAAGAGGCAGAGAAAGAAAUCGGCAAGCAGGCUCAAACUCUUAAAAAAUUAAGAAGAAUCAUCCAGAAGGAAGAAAGGCAGAAUGAUCAUUUAAUGGGUGAUAAAAACAAAGUUGGAGGAUGAGCUUAAUCAAGUCAAGGAUCAGAGUGCCGAUUUAAAGACUCUAAUAAUCAAGCAGCAGGGUUUUGAAAAUGAAGUGGAGAAUUUGCUUGAUAAUAAAUUACAAUUGUUGCA